AAUCAGUGGUUCAGAGUAGGAACAAGAAAGCUGCAGUAGUCACAAGUAGUCACAAGUAUGCCCUGCCCUGCUAAGGCUUGGCCUCGCUCCUAGUCUUUUCUCAAGCUUUAUUUUUUUCCACCACAGGAUAUAAUGAUGACCAAGCCCUGCCCCAGAAUAGGGACUUUAUCAGCACUUAUUAGUCCACUUCUGAAGAAGGGCAGCAUGGUGACUUUUGGGGACUUAAAAAUAGUUGAAUGCAUUUAGAUGUGGCUAGAUCACCAGAUACUCAGAUUUAAAUCUGUCUUGCAUUUUCUGGAGUCUGUAGUUGUAUCUCCCAUGUUGAGCAUGUUAUCAUGCCCUGCGAGUCAGAUGAUAGGCUGUAGUAGUCCAUUUACUAGUCAUUUGGCAAGUGGGAUACUACUGCAUCCCCAACCCAUCUCUAGCUGGCCUUCUCCCUUCUUUCCUCAUUCCCUUCUUCUCUUCAUCCUUUCUUCCUUUCUUCUUCACUGCCUCUCUCCCUUUCUUCCUUCUUUCCUUUCAGUUUUAAAGAUAUGCUGCCUUAAAUAAUCUUAGAAUUUUACAAAGAAUGGGAGGGACUUUGAAAUAUGGAAGCUAUCUGGAUGCCAUAAUCACACAAAAAAAGAAACAGUCUACUUAGUGAGUCAAGUGUGGGGCAUGGAAAGAAUAUGAAUAGUCUGUCUACAGGCUCAUAUUGGCCCCAGUGUGCUUGGGAAGCCAGAGAAGCAAAGAUGGCUCCAGUUUCUUUCAUUGCCUCUGCGGAUGUUUUUACCUGGAAACAAUGGCAAGCAUACAAAGGAAGGGGAAAACAGAGAAGAAAGGUAUAGAGAACCACCUUGAAUGAUUAUUCCACUGCCAGGAAGUAGAGUUUGUGCUUAUUCCACACUUGUGAGUGAAAGGAAUCCCUUGAACUGCAAUAGCAGUGAGAUGUUGUUGCUGAGCGAGAGAAUAGCAGACCCCUGAGUACUGUGUCUGUGUGAUACCUGAUCUUGGUCAGUGUCUGCCACUGUGAUUUGGAAAGUCAAACAUUUGUAACUCUGGUUUCUUAAUUCUGAAUGGCCAAAAGUGCUACUAUUUUAAUUUUUUAAAAAUCUAAAUGACCACAAUCCAGAUGAGCCCAUCUCCUAUUAUUUGCCAAGAGACCUCAGCUGAGCCCCAUGUCCCUUCUAUGAGUCCAGUUGCCUGGUUCACUUUCUAGUGGAGCCAGAUGUCCUUUGGCUUAGAAAUAUUUCUAGAGAAAAUUAACUCUGGGAAAAUGAAGCUGUAUUUUAGGGUAAGACCAGUUAAAGUACAGAAAUGCCAAAAUAAUUGAAAAGAGACCUCACAGAUAGAAAUUCUCUGUAAACUGUCAAUGCCUGGUUAGAUACAUUGGUCCUGGUGGAGAUUCUCUUAUGAAGUAGAAAUAUAACAAAAUGGGCUAUAAAGUUUGUUGAACAGAAGUUGGUAAUUAGAGUCACUUCUCAUAUGCAUCCUUUUAGGGCUUGGUUUGGGGAUGUGGCUGCUUGUGCUUUAUUGUUCAGAUGAGAAAGAUGAAGGAAUUGGUGUGAGCCAGUGAGGGCAUCAUGUUGAGGUCCAUCAAGUGUCUUGCCUUCUCAUAUCCCUGGAAGCUUAGAACUGAACUCUCAUACCUCUUUCUCAGUCUGUGGCUGAUUCCCAUCCCAGUGGGGUUCUGUUCAGUAACUUGACCUUACUAUUUCUGCCUUUUAAAACUGUGUUAUUGUUGUUUUUCCCCCUGCCUUGAGGCCGUCACUGUGAAACCUUCAUGGAUGUGUGUCCCCAGAUGCCUUGCCUGAAUGGAGGGACUUGUGCUGUGGCCAGCAAUGUACCUGAUGGCUUCAUUUGUCGCUGUCCUCCAGGCUUCUCCGGAGCAAGAUGCCAGAGCAGCUGUGGACAGGUGAAGUGUAGAAAAGGGGAGCAAUGUGUGCAUACUGCCUCAGGACCCCGCUGCUUCUGCCCCAAUCCCCAGGACUGUGAAUCGGGCUGUGCCAGCAGCCCCUGCCAGCAUGGGGGCAGCUGCUACCCUCAGCGCCAGCCUCCUUAUUAUUCUUGCCACUGCUCUCCACCAUUCUGGGGCAGCCACUGUGAACUCUACACGGCCCCCACCAGCACUCCUCCUGCCACCUGCCUGAGUCAGUACUGCACUGACAAAGCUCGGGAUGGCGUCUGCGAUGAGGCCUGCAACAGCCACGCCUGCCAGUGGGAUGGAGGUGACUGUUCCCUCACCAUGGAGAACCCCUGGGCCAACUGCUCCUCCCCACUUCCCUGCUGGGACUACAUCAACAACCAGUGUGAUGAGCUGUGCAACACAGCCGAGUGCCUGUUUGACAACUUUGAAUGCCAAGGGAACAGCAAGACAUGCAAGUAUGAUAAGUACUGUGCAGACCACUUCAAAGACAACCACUGUGACCAGGGAUGCAAUAGUGAGGAGUGUGGCUGGGAUGGGCUGGACUGUGCUGCUGAUCGGCCCGAGAACCUGGCGGAGGGUACCCUGGUCAUUGUGGUGUUGAUGCCCCCUGAACAACUGCUCCAGGAUGCCCGCAGCUUCUUGCGGGCACUGGGCACCCUUCUCCACACCAAUCUGCGCAUUAAACGGGACUCACAGGGGGCCCUCAUGGUAUACCCCUAUUAUGGUGAGAAGUCAGCUGCCAUGAAGAAGCAGAAGAUAACACGCAGGUCUCUCCCUGAUGAGCAGGAACAAGAGGUGGCUGGCUCUCAGGUGUUUCUGGAAAUUGACAACCGCCAGUGUGUUCAAGACUCAGACCAGUGCUUCAAGAACACGGAUGCAGCAGCAGCUCUGCUGGCUUCUCAUGCCAUCCAGGGGACCCUAUCAUACCCUCUUGUGUCUGUUGUCAGUGAAUCCCAGCUUCCAAGACGCACUCAGCUACUUUAUCUAAUUGCUGUUGCUGUUGUCAUUAUCUUGUUCAUUAUGCUACUGGGGGUAAUCAUGGCAAAACGAAAACGUAAGCAUGGCUCCCUCUGGCUGCCUGAAGGUUUCACCCUGCGGCGAGACUCCAGCAAUCACAAGCGUCGUGAGCCAGUGGGACAGGAUGCCGUGGGGUUGAAAAAUCUCUCAGUGCAAGUGUCAGAGGCUAAUCUAAUUGGUUCAGGAACAAGUGAACAUUGGAUGGAUGAUGAAGGACCCCAGCCAAAGAAAGCCAAGGCUGAAGAUGAGGCUUUGCUCUCAGAAGAUGAUGACCCCAUUGAUCGACGGCCAUGGACACAGCAGCACCUUGAAGCUGCAGACAUUCGUCGCACACCGUCACUGGCUCUCACUCCUCCUCAGGCUGAGCAGGAGGUAGAUGUGCUGGACGUGAAUGUCCGGGGCCCAGAUGGGUGCACCCCACUGAUGUUGGCUUCUCUCCGAGGAGGCAGCUCAGAUUUGAGUGAUGAAGAUGAAGAUGCAGAGGACUCUUCUGCCAACAUCAUCACAGACUUGGUCUGCCAGGGUGCCAGCCUUCAGGCCCAGACAGACCGGACUGGUGAGAUGGCCCUGCAUCUUGCAGCCCGCUACUCAAGGGCUGAUGCUGCCAAGCGCCUCCUGGAUGCAGGUGCAGAUGCCAAUGCCCAGGACAACAUGGGCCGCUGUCCUCUCCAUGCUGCAGUGGCAGCUGAUGCCCAAGGUGUCUUCCAGAUUCUGAUUCGCAACCGAGUAACUGAUCUGGAUGCCAGAAUGAACGAUGGUACUACACCCCUGAUCCUGGCCGCCCGUCUGGCUGUAGAGGGAAUGGUGGCAGAGUUGAUCAACUGCCAAGCAGAUGUGAAUGCAGUGGAUGACCAUGGAAAAUCUGCCCUUCACUGGGCAGCUGCUGUCAAUAAUGUGGAGGCGACUCUUUUGCUGUUGAAAAAUGGAGCCAACCGAGAUAUGCAGGACAACAAGGAAGAGACACCUCUGUUUCUUGCUGCUCGGGAGGGGAGCUAUGAAGCAGCCAAGAUCCUGUUAGACCAUUUUGCCAAUCGCGACAUCACAGAUCACAUGGAUCGUCUUCCCCGGGAUGUGGCUCGGGAUCGCAUGCACCAUGACAUUGUGCGCCUCCUGGAUGAGUACAAUGUGACACCGAGUCCCCCAGGCACCGUGCUGACUUCUGCUCUCUCACCUGUCAUUUGUGGGCCCAACAGGUCUUUCCUCAGUCUGAAGCACACACCGAUGGGCAAGAAGCCUAGACGGCCCAAUGCCAAGAGUACCAUGCCCACUAGCCUCCCUAACCUUGCCAAGGAGGCCAAGGAAGCCAAGGGGAGUAGGAGGAAGAAGUCUUUGAGUGAGAAGGUCCAACUGUCUGAGAGCUCAGUGACUUUAUCCCCUGUUGAUUCUUUAGAGUCGCCUCACACAUAUGUUUCUGACACCACAUCCUCUCCAAUGAUCACAUCCCCUGGAAUCCUACAGGCCUCACCCAACCCUAUGCUGGCUACUGCCGCCCCUGCUGCUCCAGUCCAUGCUCAGCAUGCACUGUCUUUCUCUAACCUGCAUGACAUGCAGCCUUUGGCUCCUGGGGCUAGCACUGUGCUUCCCUCUGUGAGCCAGUUGCUCUCCCACCACCACAUUGUCCCCCCUGGGAGUGGCAGUGCGGGAAGCUUGGGUAGACUACAUCCAGUCUCCGUCCCAUCAGAUUGGAUGAACCGUGUGGAAAUGAAUGAGACCCAGUACAAUGAGAUGUUUGGCAUGGUCCUGGCUCCUGCUGAAGGCACCCACCCUGGUGUAGCUCCCCAGGGAAGGCCACCUGAAGGGAAGCAUAUCACCACUCCACGGGAGCCCUUGCCCCCCAUUGUGACUUUCCAGCUCAUUCCCAAAGGCAGCAUUGCCCAACCAGCUGGGGCUCCCCCGCCUCAGUCCAGCUGCCCUCCAGCUGUUGCAGGUUCCCUACCCACUAUGUACCAGAUUCCAGAAAUGGCCCGUUUGCCCAGUGUGGCCUUCCCCACUGCCAUGAUGCCCCAGCAGGAUGGGCAGGUAGCUCAGACCAUUCUCCCAGCCUAUCAUCCUUUCCCAGCCUCGGUGGGUAAGUAUCCCACACCCCCUUCACAGCAUAGUUAUGCUUCCUCAAAUGCUGCCGAGCGAACACCCAGUCAUGGUGGUCACCUCCAGGGUGAACAUCCCUACCUGACACCAUCCCCAGAGUCUCCUGACCAGUGGUCAAGCUCAUCACCCCACUCUGCUUCUGACUGGUCAGAUGUGACCACCAGCCCUACUCCUGGGAGCGCUGGAGGAGUUCAGCGGGGACCAGGGACACACAUGUCUGAGCCACCGCACAGCAAUAUGCAGGUUUACGCAUGAGUCUGCCUCCGUUGCAGAGACAGAACUGCCUAUUGUGAAUGCUGCUGAGGAACAAAUGAAGGUCAUCCGGAAGAGAAGUGAAGAAAUCUCUGUAACCAGCUUUUGGAGGCAGGAGAGAGAAGACCAUCUUUUCAGAGAAGCAAUUUAUGGGCUUCACUAAAUAUCUGCAAAGUUUCAGAGGAAGAACUUGGUUCCUUUUAAUCUCUUGCCCACCAAGUCAAGUUCAUGGAAAUGCAAGAUGAAUGCAGCCCUUGGGGCCAUGUUUACUCUCUUCUAUUUGGAGAAUAGGAUGGAUGCCUUUUGUAGCCCGGACAUUCUUGCAGUUUGGACUGCAUUUUAAGCCCUGAGGGCUUCUGCUACAUCCAUGAGAAGAUUCUACACUAGAGUCCAGUUGGGAAUUGUGUCCUGGAAUUCUGACUAAGUUGACCUAUCUCAUCUUCUCAGCUUGGAAAUUCUUUCGCUUCAUUUGGUGCUUUCCUUUUUUGCACCUUUCCAUGGUUGUAGCCUACCAGCAUAUUAGAGGGCAAGACUUUGUGCUUUGAAUCAUUCCUGCCCUGGAAAGCAACUUCAUCCUCCCUUUCCCCUCCCACUUCCUCAGCACCCCUCGGAGUCUCACAGGGUUUACUUUGGUUAUGGUUCUCAACAUAAACCUUUCAAGUAUGUUUCUGUAAAAAAAAAAAAAUGAACAUGUUGCAUUCUACGUAUAUCAUUCCUCAAGAGAGAAGGGGAACAAAAUAUUUUUCUUUGAAUAGAUUUUGGGGGCAGGAGAUCCCUUCAGGAGGCUGCACCUUAAUUCUCUUUCUUGCAUGCAGAGCUGCAUAGAAAGCUCACCAGGAUGAAGGAUACGGAGUUAAUUGUUUUCUACUUGUGGACCUAGUCAGUGUCAAGUUUUAUCCUCAGAAGCCUAGGUACUAUAACCUUACCCCCCUUUUUUGAAACCAGAAAAAGAGCCAGAAUGUGGGAAGACCAAGACAUAAGCUAACUCAUGGAAGAAGCAGUGACCUGGAAGAAGCAGUUACCGCCCCUCCACUUGGGAUACCAAGCAUCCCACCAACUGGCAGCAUGAAUCACAUUUGUUUGUCCUGGAUCUUAGGACGAUAGGUCUACUUUCCUCCCUCAUCCAGCAGGUGAAGUCAGUCUUUGCUGUUGAGCCUUUCCUUCCAUACAUCCCCACGGAAGAAAAUGUCUCAAACAAUUUGUCCUUGCCAUUUAGGACUGAACUUUCCUCAGCUCAAGGGACCCGGUGACAGUCAUCUUCCUUUGAUCACAGUCUAUUUCCUGAUUUUCUUUGAGAGCAGGAGCCUGUUUACCAGUUCCCCUCACACUGUGCAAUCUGAGUUCCUAGUGCACCCAGUAGGUUCUCACUGGACUGUGUCCACUGCACUGUGUUCCAGCAGGGCAUGGAGAGUUGGACUAGUUUCCUAGGGGACAGCUGUAAGGCUGCCUUUGCCAGCUUUUGCUCUCAUUUCUUUUGCUCUGAAGCAGUCAUGACAUUGCCCUUUGGAAGACUAAUAUAGAAACUUCCCAGGGACCUUUCCUUUGCUAGAGUCACUUUGUAAAUGAUGACAGAUUUCAUGCUUUUCAUUGUCACCCUCAUGUUCUGAUUAUGAUUGCACCUCACCUGAAUCUGUUCUCUAAAUUAUGGUCUUGAUGACUUGACUCUCCAUCAAGAUGAGAACCAAUUUAGUCAGCUAUAGAAACAGAAUGGUUUUCUUCCUCUUCUCCUUGGGUCAAUUAAUAACUGGCCCAACGGCCACAUUGCCACUUCAGUACUAUGAUGCCUGUGACGCCUGGAAAAUUAGUUCUGCUGGGGCAUUUUGUAUAUAUUAGUAGGGAUUGCCUGUUCUGUUUUGGUUUAACAACAGUCCUCAUUCAUGCAGUGCCUGGGGGUGUUCACCAGUGCUUCCCACUGACCUCAUUUAUCUGUCUGUGGCUCCCUAUGGAAGUCCUUUGUGUCCAUUGGCAUAGCAGUCUACAAAUAGUGUUUUUCCAUCCCUCCAAGUUCAUUGAAUCAACAACAGUAAUUAGUUCUGACCUGGUACAUGAAGAUUGUUUGUUUGUUGUUUUAUUCUUUCAUAUGUCAGCAUUCUGUCAGUCACUUUAGUGGUGUGUAAACAUUUUAUCAUUCCAAAUGGGGACUCUUUCCUUGGGCCAGUUUAUUAAUCCAGCACCUAUCUGAUGCAUGGACCAUUCUGGACCACUCCACAUCUACCCCUCACUGCCCUCCUGCUCCAUAUCCCCACUGCUUGAAAGUAUCAGCCUCUGAUCCAAUUACUGGAUCUUUUAAAUCCUUCUCCUUCUCCAAGCACAAUGUAAGACUGACUUCCAUGUUUUUCCUCUUUGGGAUACUUUUCCUCUUUGGGUUUGUGGGGAAGGAAUGUGAAAGCUGCCAUUAUAGACAAGAGGCUCCAGGGGUAAGGAUAGCACUGCCUUUCAAAUGUUUUACCAAUCUCACAUUUUAAGAACCAUUGAGUUAUAUAGUUUCUUCUAAAAGGGAAGGUAAGAUGGAUAAUCACUUCUCAUUUGGAUUCUCAAUUGGAGACAAGAUUUAUGGAAUGCUUUUAUGCCAUGCAUAGAUUCCCCCCUGCCCCCCCACCCCCGCUUUUGGUUUAUUUUUAUUUUUAUAAAUUCAUUCUUUCUUUGACUCCUCGUCUGCCUGCCUUUGAGGAUAGGUUUGUUGUUGUUGUUGUUGUUUCUUUCUUACUUGUGUUUUGUUUUAAAUAUCUUUUUCUGACUUACAUGAUGGUGGGAGAGGGAAAGGCUUGAGGGAAAGUGAGAUCAGAAGUUAAGGACUUUGGUGUAAGCAAUCAGUUGUGAUGUUCAGUCCAUUAUAUCAUUGUUAAAUUUGCCAGUUUGUAAUUCUUGCAUAGAAAAGAACCAGAGGUGUAGUGUCGUGUUGGCACAUGGUUUGGGGAUGUGGGUCUUAACUGAUACAUUGAGUGAUGACUCUUUGGGAGGAGACAUUUAUAUGUCCCAAGGCCCCCACCAAUAACUGUUUGGUUUCAACUUCUUUGUGUAAAUUUCUCUUAAAAGUGAUAUUUUAUCUGUGUGUAUGAGAAACCCAAUAACCAAUAAAAUGACCGCAUAUUCCUGACUAUACAUGGUAAGGAAAGUGCACGCUUUGUUUUUACUUUUCAAAGUUUCAUUCUAAAAGUAGUUAAGGUGAAAUUUAUAUGAAAGCAUUUUUAUCACAAAAUAAAAAGGUUACAUGUCAAGCUCA